AUGGACCCGACAGCAGUCAACUGGAACAAGGAGCCCAUCCUGGGGGCCCUGCAGCAGUACGUGAGCCCCGCGCCACGGCAGGUGGAGGUGCUGGAGGUGGCCUCGGGCUCCGGGCAGCAUGUCACCCACUUCGCCCGCACCCUGCCCAACGCGCUGUGGCAGCCCUCCAAGCUGGACCUGGUCUGCAUGCAGAGCAUUUCUGCCUUAACCAGUGCACUCUGCCUCCCGAAUGUCAAACCGCCGGUUUACCUAGACUCAUCCAAGAGCUGGGGGAUGUGGGGGCUGAAGCCCAGUGCCCUGGAUCUCAUCAUCAACAUCAACAUGAUUCACGUUUCCAACGUGAACUGUACCGAGGGCUUGUUCAGAGGAGCAGGGAAGCUCCCCCCCCAGAGCAACGUGGACUUCAAUGACACCUUGAGGCUCAGAAAUCCAGCUGGGGGCCUCCGGGACACGGCUCUCCCGCAGCAACUUGCCGAGGUCAAUGGAAUGUGCCCGGAGAGAAUGGUGGAGAUGCCAGCAAAUGAGUAA